GGGGAGGGGCCGGAGCGCUGGACAGGGGUCGGAGCUGGCGCGGGAGCCAGGAAAGAGCGUGCAGCCUGCUGUCCCGUGCCGCGUGGGCCUAGUUCCGCGUGGGCCGGCGCGAUGAGCUCGCCGCCGCCCGUGCGCAAAGGCUUUUACCGCCAGGAGGUGGCCAAGACCCUGUGGGUGGUGCGCGCCGAGUACCAGGACCUGCAGCCCGUGGGCUCGGGCGCCUACGGCGCAGUGUGCUCCGCGGUGGACAGCCGCUCUGGCGCCAAGGUGGCCAUCAAGAAGCUGUACCGGCCUUUCCAGUCCGAGCUGUUCGCCAAGCGCGCCUACCGCGAGCUGCGUCUGCUCAAGCACAUGCGCCAUGAGAACGUGAUCGGGCUCCUGGAUGUGUUCACUCCUGAUGAGACGCUGGAUGAGUUUACAGACUUCUAUCUGGUGAUGCCAUUCAUGGGCACCGACCUGGGCAAGCUCAUGAAGCACGAGACGCUGAGUGAGGACCGGAUCCAGUUCCUUGUAUAUCAGAUUCUGAAGGGGCUGAAGUAUAUCCAUGCUGCUGGCAUCAUCCACAGGGACCUGAAGCCCGGCAACCUGGCUGUGAACGAGGACUGUGAGCUGAAGAUCUUGGACUUUGGUCUAGCUCGCCAGGCAGACAGUGAAAUGACAGGAUAUGUGGUGACCCGGUGGUACCGGGCGCCUGAGGUCAUCUUGAAUUGGAUGCGCUACACACAAACGGUGGACAUCUGGUCAGUGGGCUGCAUCAUGGCGGAGAUGAUCACAGGGAAGACGCUAUUCAAAGGCAACGACCACCUGGAUCAACUGAAGGAGAUCAUGAAGGUGACAGGGACGCCCCCUGCUGAGUUUGUGCAGAAACUACAGAGUGCAGAGGCUAAGAACUACAUGAAGGGCCUUCCUGAGCUGGAGAAGAAGGACUUUGCCUCUAUCCUGACCACUGCUAGCCCCAUGGCUGUGAGCCUCCUGGAGAAGAUGCUGGUGCUGGAUUCAGAGCAGCGAGUGACAGCAGCGGAGGCACUGGCCCACCCCUAUUUCGAGUCUUUGCACGACACAGAAGACGAGCCCAAGGCCCAGAAGUAUGAUGACUCCUUUGAUGACAUGGACCGCACCCUGGAUGAGUGGAAGCAGUGCAAGAUCGAGUGUCCUGAGCGCCUGGCUGCAGCCCUGGGCGGUCUCCAGCAGUGCGGCCUGGAGCAGAGGUGCCUAUACAUAGCAGCCCGCGAGGCCUCGGAGGCAGAGCUGGGCCUGGUGCACAGCCCAGAGUACGUGGCCCUAGUGCGCAGGACCCAGACUCUGGGAACAGAGGAGCUCCAGGCACUUUCUGGACAGUAUGAUGCUGUCUACUUCCACCCGAGCACCUUUCACUGUGCCCGGCUUGCUGCAGGUGCUGCACUGCAGCUGGUAGAUGCCGUGCUGACGGGAGCUGCGCACAAUGGGCUUGCCCUGGUGAGGCCUCCUGGGCACCACAGCCAGAGGGCAGCUGCCAAUGGGUUCUGUGUGUUCAACAAUGUGGCUAUAGCUGCUGAACAUGCCAAGCGGACACAUGGGCUGCACAGGAUCCUCAUUGUUGACUGGGAUAUCCACCAUGGCCAGGGCAUCCAGUACAUCUUUGAGGAUGACCCCAGUGUGCUUUACUUCUCCUGGCACCGCUAUGAGCACGGACGCUUCUGGCCCUUCUUGCCAGAGUCAGACGCAGACACGGUUGGGCAGAGACAGGGCCGCGGCUUCACUGUCAAUUUGCCCUGGAACCAGGUCGGGAUGGGCAACGCUGACUACCUGGCUGCCUUCCUGCACGUGCUGCUUCCAGUGGCCUUUGAGUUUGACCCUGAGCUGGUGCUGAUCUCCGCAGGAUUUGACUCAGCUAUUGGGGAUCCAGAGGGGCAGAUGCAGGCCACACCAGAGUGCUUUGCCCACCUCACACGGUUGCUGCAGGUGCUAGCUGGUGGCCGUGUCUGUGCAGUGCUGGAGGGCGGCUACCACCUAGAGUCCCUGGCACAGUCAGUGUGCAUGACUGUGCGGGCACUGCUGGGUGACCCCACACCUAAGCUGUUGGGGCCCAUGACACCAUGUCAGAGUGCCCUGGAGUCCAUCCAAAAUGUUCGGAAAGCCCAGGCCCCUCACUGGAAGAGCCUCCAGCAACAAGAUGUGUCUCCUGUGCUGAGUCCCAGCACCCACUUCCCAGAGGGGAGGCCCCUGGUACUACUGCCCGGGGAUCCUGUAUGUAAGGCAGAAGCAGAGGUGACUUCACCAAGGCCUCACCUGGACCAGCAGCACCUCCACCCCACAACCCCCAUGCGAAUGGCUGUUGUCCUGACUGCUCCACAUCCCCGGGCUCUACCCGCUGAUAUGCUUCAUCAGGAGGAGUCAGCCCCAAAGUGUGAGGCAGAAGACUGGGCCAGGUCACAUGAGUCCCUGGCUCAGGAUGAGGCCCUCACUGCACUUAGGAAGCUCCUGUACCUCUUAAAUGGGAUUCUGGAUGGGCAGGUAAGCGGUGGAGUUGCAGCCACCCUGGCACCUGCCGUAGCAGCCACCUUGGACAUAGCCAUUAGGCAAAGUCUAUCUCUUGGAGCCCAGAGGGUUCUCUGUGUGGUGCUGGGACAGCUGGAUCGGCCACUGGACCUUGCUGAUGAUGGGAGAAUUCUGUGGCUGAACAUUCGGGGCAAGGAAGCAGUCAUACUGUCCAUGUACAAUGUCUGCAUGCCACUGCCAGGGACGACAGGAGGGUUCCUGAGCUGCAUCUUGGGCCUGGUGCUGCCCAUGGCUUAUGGCUUCCAGCCUGAUGUGGUGAUAGUGGCGUUGGGGCUUCACCAUGGCCUUCAGGACCCCCAGGCUGCUCUCCUGGCUGCAAUGCUCCGGGGCCCGGCAGGUGGCCGAGUCCUGGCUCUCCUUGAGGAAUCUGCACCCCAACUUGCAGAAGCGUUGGCCCAGGGGCUCUAUGGAGAGGCGCCCCCCAACUUGGGCCCUUUCUCCCCGGCCUCUCCGGAGGACCUUAAGACCCUGAUGAGCCUGCGAGCGCAGCUGCAGCUGCGGUGGGAGAUGAUGCGGGUGGAGAGGCGCGGUGGCACUGAGCCUGACGGCUCUCCUUCGCGGCAAUCCAUUCCGGGAACGCCGCUCAGUUGAUUAAUGGAGCUCCCCCUCCGUCCUGCUGGGAGUCCGCUGUCCCUCCCACCCUAUCAGUAAACGUCCGUUAAAUAGCA